CGCCUCUCCGGGACCACGUGAUCCGCGGGUCCCGGUCGCUGUAGCUGCUGCUACUGCGGAGCUGUACCGGGUCUGGAGAUUCCAGCUGACCCAGGCGACCCUGGCGGCAGCCUGGCGCGCUCACCAUGGCGGUGAGCCGGGGUCCGCGCGUUGGAGGGGUCGCGGGUGGGCUUCUGGACGGGACCCUCUGACCUUCGCCGUCCCCGACCCGGGGCUGGAGAAGGGGACGCCGCGGCUAACAGUGGAUCCCGGCUGCGCGCGGCCUGGGCCCGCGCGUCCCCGAGCACACGCCCCCGGCUCGGCCUGUCAUUGCAAGUUCCUGGGUCUUUUUCUCCGAAGCGGACCCAGCUACUUCCCCAGCCUUCCUACACUCAGAAGGUAGCGCUUUCUGCAUCCGCCUUUUCCUGAUGCAUUUCAUCUUCUCGGAUGAGGCUGUGCUUCUGUUUGAUUUCUGGAGUGUCCACAGUCCUGCAGGUAUGGCCCUCUCAGUGCUGGUAAUCCUGCUCAUGGCUGUCCUGUAUGAAGGCAUCAAGGUCGGCAAAGUCAAGUUGCUCCACAAGACUCUGGAGAGCCUGCCCACCGCCACCAGCCAGCAGCUCAUCUUGGAAACAGACCAGGAUUCUGCAGGUUCCAGCUCACCCCCAGUCAACAGAACCCAUCUGAGGUGGUUUUUGUGUCAUUUCGGCCAGUCUCUAGUCCACGUCAUUCAGGUGGUCAUUGGCUACUUCGUGAUGCUGGCUGUAAUGUCCUACAAUACCUGGAUUUUCCUUGGUGUGGUCCUGGGCUCGGCUCUUGGCUAUUACCUAGCCUACCCACUUCUAAGCAUGGCUUAGCCAGCCAGAGCAGUGCAGGGCUGGAGAGAGCUGGGGCCUCUCUCUACUUCAGCUACUGUCCAGCCACUUUUUCUUAUGAUGGCUAUUACUUACCUUUCUCCCAGUUCCUAGCAGCUUUGAGCUGAAGCCAGCAUAUAUCCCAGAGCUCAGAGGCCAUUGGAGCUGCCUCCCUCUCCAGCCGGCCUGUAUAGGGCCCAGGUCUCAUGUGGUGCCUUAAGCAAGCAGCUGUGACCAAAGAGAGCUUGGACAGACUAGAAUCCAGAGGCAGGAUGGCCAGACCAGUGACCACAGCUUUCUGACUCCAAAUUAAGAAUUUCUAAAGAGCUUAAGGACAGGGAUCUGGGUGAUGGAGGCCAUGGAACCCAGAUACCCUCUUUUGCUUUGUGCCUUAUCGUCAGGAGCAUCCCCCACUGGCCUUGACCUGUUCGGUCUUCAGUCUUUGGGGGACAGUCAGUGCUAGCUCCUUGUUUCUACCUUUCUGCCUUUGGAACACAUGAACAUUGUCAUUAACAAACCAAGAUUUUUCCCUUUGAACUCCUGGUUGCAAUUUUGCACAUUUGUACAAAACAAAAUUUCUAAUGAAAUGAUCUCAUUGUAUUCAUGAUGGAUGACACUGCCUAUUCAGUCCUAGCUCCCUUUUCUUGCAGGAAGACUAAAGGAUACUGACUAAAGCAGAGAGCCAGGAUUCUUACCAAGUUGCUGGCCUGUCUGCUGGGUAGAUGGAUUCCUCCCAUCUAACAGCACUACCUGCAGCAAGAGGUUAGGCUCAUGAUCAGGGUGCUGGGGAGUUCUCCAGGUCCUUACGUGACCCACUCGUGUGCACCACAGAGAACCGUAAUUUGUAACAGUCAGCUUACUACCCCUUAUUUAUUACUUACCGCUAACUCUUAAUGAUCUGGUAGGGAAACAUGAUUCAGUCGUCGAAAGUACUGAUUAAGCUGGAGGGAUACUGACUGAGGAUGCAAUGAACAGGCAAACCAAAGCCAGGGCAUCUUUAGUGUUCAAUGGACUGAAUAUUUGAGCCUUUUCAUUUACGAAAAAAGGAAAGAGCCAGGUGUAGUGAUGCACACCUGUAAUCCCAGCACCCAGGAGACUGAGGCCAGCUUGGGCUACAUAGCAUUACAAGCUGGCCUGGGCGAUGUAGUGAAACCCUGUCUCAAAUACACAUACAUGAAAGAUAAUCACUGCUAUAUACUGUAUAAACUGUAGUAUCUAUGUUCAAGUACCUCAUGGGCUCAAUGAAAAGAUUAUUUUAAGCUCUGGGAAUUAAAAACAUGCAUUUGCAUUUUAAUAAAUCUAUAUUUUUGAACA